CUGGCCACUCUGGUUGGCAAACGCCGAAAAAUAAAUAAAUAUAUUUGGUGCAUAGUCACAUUUUGCUUUGCGGCCAAUAACAAGAUCCCCGAAUAUUAGGAUUAGGACUUCCCACUUGACAUACGGGUGAAAACAAGAAAGCGUUGAUCUGAAAAUGGCCAACCGCACGGUGAAGGAGGCCAAAAACGUGCACGGCACCAAUCCGCAGUACCUCAUCGAGAAGAUCAUCCGCUCAAGAAUAUACGACUCUAAGUACUGGAAGGAGCAAUGCUUUGCCCUGACGGCGGAGCUUCUGGUGGACAAGGCAAUGGAGCUACGAUUCGUCGGCGGGGUCUACGGCGGCAACAUCAAGCCCACCCAGUUUUUAUGCCUCACUCUUAAAAUGCUGCAGAUUCAGCCGGAAAAGGACAUCGUAGUGGAGUUUAUCAAGAAUGAGGAGUUCAAGUACGUGCGAGCACUAGGAGCCUUCUAUCUACGGCUCACAGGAGCCGCUCUGGACUGCUACAAGUAUUUGGAGCCGUUGUACAUCGACAAUCGAAAGCUGCGCCGUCAGAAUCGCGCCGGCCAGUUCGAGAUUGUUUACAUGGACGAGUAUAUAGACGAACUGCUGCGCAACGACCGUGUCUGCGACAUUAUACUGCCCCGUAUCCAGAAGCGUUCCAUUCUAGAGGAGAACAACGAAAUCGAGCCCAAGGUGUCUGUGCUGGAUGAGGACUUGGACGACGAACUGCCCAGCGAUGAGGAGAAGGCGGACGAGACCAACCGGCCUAAGGAGAAUUCUACAACAGUGCGACGCCCGCGAAGAGCUCGGUCCAAGUCCAGGUCACGCAGUCGAGAGCGAGAGCGAAGAUCUGGGCAGGGCAACAACGCCCGCUCCCGGGAUUACUACGACGAACUGGAAGACUACGACCGCCAGCGUAAUAGGGUUCGCAACCGGGACACCCACAACGAGGACUAUGACAGUCGCCAGACCAGUGGACGCCAGGAUCGCGAACGAGAGCGCCAGGAUCGCGAUAGGAUAAGAGAGCGCGAGAGGAAUGGGGACAGAGAUCGCCGGGAAAGGGAGCGAGAUCGAGAACGCGACCGUGGCCGUCAUGAUCAGCGGGAACGAGACUCGCGAGGAGAGCGCGAGCGACGACGCUACUAAAAUUAAGAAUAAAUUGAAUUUACUAACCAGUAAAAAGUCUCAAACAA